UGAACAGGUUAUCCAGGUGCAUGAGAACAGGGAGGGAACCAACACAAAGUGUUUACUCAGUUCAGACUUCAUUUUAAGUCAACACAGCAGGACGAGGAAAACUGAAGUGGCUGAGGCGGACUGACCUCAGAUCAGAAGAUGAGUGGUUGUGUGGAGGAAGAGGAGGACGGAGCAGAGUCUGUAGUAUCCGGCUGUCUGUCUGUGAAGAGUGACCGCUCCAAAGGUUAUCCUCUGAACUUCAAUAAUGAACCUGUACCCUCAGACACAAAAUUUCAGUCCAGAAAGAGAGCAGAGUCUGUAGUUUCUGGCUGUCAGUCUUUGAAGAGUGACUGGUCCAAAGAUUCUCCUCCAUACUUCAGUCCUGAACCUGGACCCUCAGACACAGAUGAUGAAUCAGGAUCCUCAGAUGGCCAGUCUGCUUCAUCAGGACACAACUCUGAUCCCAAGUGUGGUGAGAGAUCCAGAACAAGACCUGGACUGCAGACAGCCAGUCAGACCAGCACUGUGCAAGUGCCUGGUGGUCUGCAGGAGGUUUUAGAUGAACAUAAGAUCAGUCUGAGGAGGAGAUGUGAACGUGUGACUGAAGGAAGUGAUGCAACAGGAAGUGAACGUGUGACUGAAGGAAGUGAUGCAACAGGAAGUGGAACCCUCCUCAACAGGAUCUACACUGAGCUCUACAUCACAGAGGGACAGAGUGAAGAGGUUAAUACCCAACAUGAGGAGAGGCAGCUGGAGACAGCUUCCAAGAAGAAGACCGUCCACGACGCUCCAAUCGGGUGCCAGGACAUCUUUAAAGCCUUACCUGACCAACAGGGACCCAUCAGAGUGGUUCUGACGAACGGCGUCGCUGGCGUUGGAAAAACCUUCUCGGUGCAGAAGUUCAGUCUGGACUGGGCAGAGGGUUUGGAGAACCAAGAUGUCAGUGUGGUGGUUCUGCUUUCGUUCAGGGAGCUGAACUUGAUCAGAGAUGAGCAGUACAGUCUUCUGGAGCUGCUCCAUAUUUUCCAUCCAACAUUACAGAAGGUCCCAGCAGAGAAGCUCGCCGUCUCUAAACUUCUGUUCAUCUUUGACGGCCUGGAUGAAAGCAGACUUUCUCUGGAUUUCAACAACAAGGAGGUUGUGUCUGAUGUCACACAGAAGUCAUCGGUCAACGUGCUGCUGACAAACCUCAUCGAGGGGAAUCUGCUUCCCUCGGCUCUCGUCUGGAUAACUUCCCGACCCGCGGCGGCCAAUCAGAUCCCUCCUGCGUGUGUCGACAGGGUGACAGAAGUACGAGGCUUCACUGACGCCCAGAAGGAGGAGUACUUCAGGAGGAGGGUCAGUGAUGAAGAGCGCUCCAGCACAAUCAUCUCACACAUCCAGACAUCCAGGAGCCUCCACAUCAUGUGUCUGAUCCCAGUCUUCUGCUGGAUCACUGCUACAGUUCUGGACCACAUGUUGACUACAGAGCAGAGAGGAGAGCUGCCCAAGACCCUGACUGACCUGUACUCACACUUCCUGCUGGUUCAGACCAAGAAGAAGAAGCAGAAGUAUGAUGAGGGACGUGAGACGAGUCCACAGGAGCUGACGGAGGCUGACAGAGAAGUUCUUCUGAAGCUGGGGAGGCUGGCGUUUGAACAGCUGCAGGAAGGAAACAUCAUGUUCUACCAAGAAGACCUGGAGCGCUGUGGUCUCCAUGUCACAGAGGCCUCGGUGUACUCAGGAGUUUGCACAGAGAUCUUCAAAAGAGAGAGUGCGAUCUUCCAGAAAACAGUCUACUGCUUCGUUCAUCUGAGCGUUCAGGAGUUUCUGGCUGCAGUCUACAUGUUCCACUGUUACACCACCAGGAACACAGAGGUACUGAGGGCUUUUCUGGCAAAAAAAAACAAAAACCAUCAAAAUCGUUCUCAUGAAGUUGAUGACAAUGAUAAUGUUGAUGAUGUUGAUGAAGGUCAAUGUGAAGAACAAGACUACGAUGAAUAUUUAGAUUCUGAUGACGGCGACAAUGAUGAUUAUGGUGAAGAAAUCGAUUUUGAUGACCUUGAUACCUCCAGUGUUUCUGGUAAAUGUGACGAAAAUAACUCAUCCUUGAAAGUCUUUCUGGGUAGAGCCAUGGAGAAAUCCCUUGAAAGUAAAAAUGGCCACCUGGACCUGUUUGUCCGCUUCCUUCAUGGCCUCUCUCUGGAGUCCAACCAGAGACUGUUAGGAGGCCUGCUGGGUCAGACAGACAACAGUCCAGAAGUCAUCCAGAAAGCCAUCAACAACCUGAAGGAGAUGAACACUAAGGAGAUCUCUCCUGACAGAAGCAUCAACAUCUUCCACUGUCUGACGGAGAUGAACGACCUCUCAGUCCAUCAGGAGAUCCAAGAGUUCCUGAAGUCAGAGAACAGAUCAGAGAGGAAACUCUCUGAGAUCCACUGCUCAGCUCUGGCCUACAUGCUGCAGAUGUCAGAGGAGGUUCUGGAUGAGUUGAACCUGAAGGAGUACAACACAUCAGACCAGGGACGACAGAGACUGAUUCCAGCUGUGAGGAACUGCAGGAAAGCUGAACUUUCUGGCUGUGGACUCUCUGAGACUCACUGUGAAGUCAUGGCCUCAGCUCUGAAGUCCAACCCCUCCCAUCUGAGAGAGCUGGACCUGAGUGAAAACUACCUGUAUGAUUCAGGAGUGAAGUGUCUGUGUGCUGGACUGGAGAGUCCAAACUGCAGACUGGAGACUCUGAGAUUGAGUUACUGCUGGUUGUCAGAGAUCAGCUGUGCUUCUCUGGCCUCAGCUCUGAAGUCCAACCCCUCCCAUCUGAGAGAGCUGGAUCUUAGCAAAAACAACCAGCUGCAGGAUUCAGGAGUGAAGCUGCUGUGUGAUCUUCUGCAGAGUCCAAACUGCAGACUGGAGACUCUGAGAUUGAGUUGGUGCAGGUUGACAGAGAUCAGCUGUGCUUCUCUGGCCUCAGCUCUGAAGUCCAACCCCUCCCAUCUGAGAGAACUGGAGCUGAGAGAAAACUACAUGCAAGAUCGAGACAUGAAGCUGCUGUGUGAUCUGAGGGAGAGUCCACACUGCAGACUGGAGACUCUGAGGUGGUAGUGAUCUCCAGUAAAGUCCAGUCCAGCAUGUUCCCUGUGUUCCUCUGGAUCUCUGGAUCAGAGUAUCAUCAGAGUAUGUGGGCUGCUCUGCUGCUGCUCUGUCCUUCUACACCAUGGGUCUCAAACUCGAGGCCCGUGGGCCAAUUGUGGCCCUCGUGACGAUAUUUUGUGGCCCCCGCCUUGAUAUGAAAGUUUAAUGUGAGUUUUAUAUGAAUGGCACUUUACUGUGUUGUGUGUGGAAGGUCCCUUUAAUUACUUUUUUUGGGCAAUU